AAAUACCUUAACACGACUAGCAUUCGUAGAUCAAACCGCCUGUACAUUCAUUCACAAACUCUAGAUAUUGUUCCUCGAAGCACGAAGCUUUCGACCGGGUACGUUCGUGCAAACCACACGAAAGGUUAACAUGGAACAUCUGUGCCCCGGUUACUGCUAAUUACAUUAAGCCUUAUUAGUUACCAGAAACUUCUGAUUGGAUAUCAAUAAUUACUAUUUUUGCUUUACGAAUUAUGAGUGGGUUUUCAUUCGGAAAGUGUGGAUAUCGGUCUGCGAUCGUGUUGGCCGAAAAUGAAAGUAUGGAUACUAAGUUUUGUGUGUCUGUUUGUGAGUGUAUCUGGAGAGGAUUUCCCUUCGUUGAUAACGGCAAACGCUUCUAUAGCUGUAGUCUUAGACCGUCAAUACUUGGGCGAGAAAUACCAGUCAAUUCUGGACGAGCUCAAGGAUUACAUCAAGGAGUUAGCGAGGGUUGACCUCAAACAUGGCGGCGUCAUCGUCUACUACUACUCCUGGACUGCCAUCAGUCUCAAGAAAGGUUUUCUAGCAGUAUUCAGCAUAGCCUCGUGUGAAGACACCUGGGAUUUAUUUUCUCGCACGGAAGAAGAAGAACUCUUACUCUUUGCUCUCACUGAAGUGGACUGCCCCAGGUUACCAUCUCAUUCAGCCAUAACUGCUACGUUCACCGAACCGGGAGAGGAGUUACCACAGCUGCUUUUAGAUUUGAGGACUUCUAAUGCUUUUCAGUGGAAAUCCGCUAUUAUACUGCAUGAUGACACUUUGAGUCGUGAUAUGGUCUCCCGUGUGGUGAAGUCCUUGACAUCACAGAUAGAUGAAGAGAGUGCGUCACCUGUCUCCGUCACCGUCUUCAAGAUGAAGCAUGAGAUCAACGAAUACUUGAGACGAAAAGAAAUGCAUAGAGUCCUGUCUAGAUUGCCCGUGAAAUACAUAGGUGAAAAUUUUAUAGCGGUAGUGACGUCAGAUGUCAUGACAACAAUGGCGGAGACGGCUCGAGACUUGCUUAUGUCACAUACACAGGCCCAGUGGUUAUACGUUAUAUCCGAUACAAACGCACAGAAUGGGAACCUGAGCAGUUUCAUCAAUGAUUUGUAUGAGGGAGAGAAUGUCGCGUAUAUCUAUAACAUGACGGAUAAUAAUCCUGAUUGUAAGAAUGGCAUAAUGUGUUUCUGCCAAGAGUUGAUGGAUGCGUUCAUAUCAGCGCUAGAUGCGGCCACACAGGACGAGUUUGAUGUGGCUGCACAGGUAUCUGACGAGGAGUGGGAGGCCAUCAGACCGAGUAAGAUACAGAGACGGAAUAUGCUGUUGAAGCAUAUGCAGCAACACCUAGCAGCAAAGAGUCGUUGCGGCAACUGUUCCACCUGGCGAGCGUUAGCCGCUGACACGUGGGGCGCCACCUACAGAGGACUGUCCGAUGCUUCGGACUUGUCCAAUGUUAAUACUAAUGGAUCUUCUGGUGUUAUUGAUAAAAUUGAUCUGUUGAAGGUCGGCUUUUGGCGCCCCAUUGACGCUGUACGGUUCGACGAUGUUCUGUUUCCACACAUCCAUCAUGGUUUCAGAGGGAAGGAGUUGCCCAUCAUCACUUUUCAUAACCCACCGUGGACGAUCUUGGAACGGAAUGAAUCUGGUGCUAUCGUAAAAUACAGUGGACUUAUAUUUGAUAUCGUAAACCAAUUAGCUAUCAACAAAAACUUUACAUUAAAAAUUAUUCUAGCUUCAGUUUUAAAGAAAGAGUUAGCAAACGACACCCUUGCUGACACAAUGCAUGGCAUGGAUGCUAAGUUGACAAUAGCAGCCAUUUCUAAAGGACAAGGAGCACUAGCAGCUGCAUCAUUCACGGUUUUAGCAGAUCCUAUGCCAGGAAUAAACUACACAAUGCCAGUGAGCAUUCAGCCUUAUGCGUUCAUGAUAGCUCGACCGAGAGAACUCAGCAGAGCGUUGCUGUUUCUGCUGCCAUUUACUACUGACACCUGGUUAUGCCUCGGAUUAGCAGUAAUUCUGAUGGGGCCUACGCUAUACAUUAUCCAUCGAAUGAGUCCCUAUUAUGAAGCCAUGGAGAUCACACGCCAAGGAGGACUUGCUACGAUACACAACUGUCUAUGGUACAUCUAUGGUGCUUUAUUGCAGCAAGGGGGCAUGUACCUUCCGCGAGCAGACAGCGGUAGACUAGUAGUCGGAACAUGGUGGUUGGUAGUCCUGGUUGUCGUAACAACUUACUCCGGCAACCUGGUGGCUUUCCUCACUUUUCCGAAGCAGGAGGUUCCUGUGACCACAGUGGCAGAGCUUUUGGAAAACCGCGCGCUUUACACUUGGUCGAUAACCAAAGGAUCUUAUAUGGAGAUGGAGUUAAAGAACUCUGAUGAGCCGAAGUACAUAGCUUUAUUGAAAGGCGCUGAAAUGGUAUCCACAAGUGUUGGCAUGGGAGGAACUAUGACAUCAGGAUCUGCAUUGCUGCAGCGCGUGAGGUUCCACAGACAUGUCAUUAUAGACUGGAAGCUUCGAUUGAGCUACCUCAUGAGAGCAGACCGUCUUGAGUCAGAUAAUUGCGAUUUCGCAUUGAGCGCUGAAGAGUUUUUUGAUGAGAAAGUUGCAAUGAUUGUGCCUGCAGGCAGCCCGUAUCUUCCAGUUAUUAAUAAAGAACUAGACCGCAUGCACAAAGCAGGUUUGAUCACUCGCUGGCUGGAAGCCUACCUGCCGAAGAAGGACCGCUGCUGGAAGGCCUCGUCUAUGAUGCAGGAGGUGAACAACCAUACCGUCAACCUCAGCGAUAUGCAGGGAUCCUUCUUUGUCUUGUUUAUGGGUUUCUUCUCAGCAUCAACAGUGCUGGUACUAGAGUUCCUCUACCACCGACGCAAGCGUCGCAGCGAGCUGACCGUCAUCAAGCCUUACGUAGAAUAAUAUAUUUAUUUAUUCGCAACAACCAUCACAUUUGCAUAACGCGUGGAAAAAUACUGGAACUAUGUUCACUUGGUUAUGUAUUAGAUUUUAUAUUCA